AUGUUCCAGUUCCGUUUCGUAAACAAAAAGAAAGAUAACACAAAAUACGUAUUUAUCGUACUAUACCAAGGAACCUAUUAGAAAUAACGCACUAUAUUAUGAAAUUAAUUAAAAUGGUUUUAUAAUUUGUACUGGUGGUAAUGUUAUUUGAUUAUAUAACUAAAUUUCAUGAGUGACUUUGAACAAAGGUGAUUGUAAAAUAUUCAGGAUGACUGAUUCAAGUUCUUUUACGUCUCUGUUUGCUUUGGUGGAUAGUCAUUUAUCCAACUGCACUUUAAAUGACAGCCCAAGCGAUGGUCGUGUCGGUUCACUGCCAAUGCCAAUGCCGAUGCUAAACCUUCCUCGAGGAUUGUCUGACACUCGGAUCUCAUCGUCGUCGCAGAGAUUGCCUAUUCCAAGGUUCAGUUUGAGUGAGAGCCCCAUCGCUAAUGUUCUCUCGGAGCAGCUGUCGAAUAUGCUCAAAGCUAAAGAGCUUAAAAAACAACAGGAAGAGGAACAAGAGAGACUGCAGGAAGAAAUGCGAAGAUUAGAAAUGGAGGAAAAGAAUUGUGUAAUAGACUUGAUGAAAGCAGUGCAGAAACCUGGGGAACUGAAACCAACGAAACCUCAAGAAGCUGUCAGCAUCAGCAGUUCCUUUGAAUCACUGAUUUUAGACAGCAAAGAGUUUGCUAAUGACUCCUCAAAGGAGUCUGCAUUGGAAGCUGUGUUGUCAGCUCCGGAGCCUGAACCAUCAUUACCAAUUACCACAGACAUGUCAUACAUACUCAAACUAAAAAUUAAAAGUGUGAAAUGCUCAGCAUUUGGAAAAGUUCUUACUUCACGUUUACGGCCAGUAGCCGCUCCUUACUUGAGAGAAAAGGUGCCUUCAACCAUUGUUCCUUUUGACUUCAGCACCAAAUCACCGUGUGACUUGAUUAAAGAGAAGCUAAAGAGAACGCCGGUGCACACUGUCAGUAAUACGUACCAUGACUUUUUCUGAUUAAUGGGGGUGCUAUUGAUGACAGUGAUUCUGAUCAAUAGUAACAUUAAAAACAUGAUGUUAGUAUAGAUUGGAGUCACUGCAUCAAUACCCCUUCUUGUUAGUGUAAAAAAAUGUAUUUUUUAUAACUUUUUAAUUUAAUAUCUAGGAAUUGGAAUUAUCUGGUUAAUUACGUAAUCAUUGCAUUAAAUAAUCUAUAUUUUCUUGAAUUUGAGAUUGAGAAUAUCCAUGGAGCAUGGAGCAUAUGGAGUACAUGGAAUGUCCAACAAAAUGACUAGUGGAGGCCUGUGGAGGUGUCAUAAUGCAAAAUAUCUUAAGAAUGUAGAGCACCAAAAUAUGGGCGUGCAGGGGAUUAGGAAUGUCACUAGCUCCGCCCUUACUUACCUUCUAUGGAAUGCACCCAAUAUUUUUAAAGAGAAGGCUCUGACCCAGCUUCCCUAUGGCAUCUCUGCUAUCUUUCCUUUCUCUGUGGGAACAGUAAUGAUUGUAUGCAAGUAGGUGUUUGCCAUUGAGGUGCGUCAUGUAAUGCAUCACUAUAAUGUAAUAAAAUAAAUAAAUAUCCAGACAUUAUAUCGGAUUAAGGAAGCAAAGUUACUUCA